AUAUGAACGAACGCCCACGCAAUUCAAAUCAAACUAGGAGAGCUUACAAUUUUCUUUCAUUUGUUCUUCUUCUUCCCGCUGUUUGGCUCAAUUCGGAGAAAAUUUAUGUCAUGGAUCCGUCGUCUUGCCCAUUCUGUCAUUUGGAAGUUCCAUCCUCAGAACUUGAGUGGCAUGCCAACAGUCACUUUGAGGUCGAGGAUAAAGAUGAACAACUAGCAAGGGACUUGGAAUUUGCCCAACAACUUGCUCUUGCCCCUUCUUCACCUCCAUCAUCAUCCAUGAAUAGUCAAGCAAUCAGUGACUUGCCAAUUUCUAACUGUGAUGCACAAAUUAGCAUGGAGGAAAAAGUCUCUUGCUUGAUUGCUUUACAGACUAGGACCACUUUCUACGAAAUUGAACAUGGCUUGAUGGCCUUGAUGAAAGACUGUUUGGAGUCAGAACGUGGAAAUACAACCAGUAUUGUGUCCGGUUAUAUUGAUCAUUUUCAGAGCAUUCCAUCUGAGGACGUUGGGUGGGGUUGUGGGUGGCGUAACAUCCAAAUGCUUAGCUCCCACUUGCUUAUGCAAAGGCACGAAGCUCGGGAGGUUUUAUUUGGUGGUUCGGGAUUUGUUCCUGAUAUUCCAUCUCUCCAAAGAUGGCUUGAGAUUGCUUGGGAAAAGGGAUUUGAUGAACUUGGCUCUGAUCAUUUUGCUAAUAAUAUUUAUGGCUCAAAAAAAUGGAUUGGAACUACUGAAUGUGCUGCCCUUUUCCGUUCUUUUGGGCUUCGAGCAAGAGUAGUAGAUUUUGGUCCCAAGGAACUUGAAUCAUUUUAUCCUUUGCUUCCUGGUUCAAGUCUUGGGAAAGAAGUAAAGAGAAUACAUAAUGGCGGAAAGAGGAAAGCAAUUCAGGUUUGUGGCCCGAUGGAUGGGUAUCUAUUGGCAAGGAAUCAUGAUGUUUCCCAAGCAAGUUCCCGUGGGGAUGAAAAGUCUGGAUGUUCUAGUAUUCCUCUUGGUGACUCGUUGUGUAGCAAAAGUAAUGAGAAUUUGGGAAAUAAGUUUACAAGGAAUAGCAAGGGUCAUCAGGUUCUCAUUGAUUGGAUCUGGAACUACUUUUCUGAUAAAAAAUGUACCAAAUCUGGCGAUCGUCAGGUUGUUGUCAGUGACAAAACACCCUUGUACCUCCAACACGAUGGACAUUCGAGAACGGUUGUUGGGAUUCAAGUCAAACAUCAACAUAAUGGGAUGCAGCAGCACAAUCUCUUAAUAUUGGACCCUGGCCAUAGAACAGCAGAUCUGGAAAGAUCGCUGAAACAGAAGGUCGGAUGGCAGAAGUUCAUCAAAAGAGGGGUUCACACACUGAAAAAGCCACAGUACCAGUUGUGUUAUAUUGAUACUGGAAUAGCAAAUCAGGAGGAAGUGGAGUUACUCAAGACAAUAGAAAGUGUUUUUCUGGAGUUCUAGAGGAACCUGUUGCACAUUUGCAAUCUGGAUUCCAGUUCUUCCGAAUAUAUAUGAACAGAGGAACAAGUGGCUAUAUUAGUGUUCACGUAUAUGCAGUGAGUGUUGACAGGACAGGGAAAGAUAAGAUAUGUUUGAAAUUAACGCAGCCUAAAAGAGAAUGAUUUGAUAUUCACCGUGUUAAGGCUUGUCCCCCACCCUUAGAAAGACAAUUUGAUUUCUGAAGAUAUUCCGGCUGCAGUUUCUGUGUUGACCUCUUCUUUACAAAUGAUCCUGACUAAUGAUGGAUUGAUUUUGAGGAAAUGUGUUACUGUUAGUGGAUUUCAUAUGUGCAAGAUGGCCAGAGAGUCAGGGAUUCAGAUCUUCUUACUCUUCAGAUGCUAGGAUGCUGUGAUGUUUUACAAGCUCUUAAUCUAGGCUAUCUUGGUUGUCAUUAUGAUCAAUUUGAGUUGCUUUUUAGCUGCCUGGAAGAUUUGGCAGGAGACACAGCUUGAAAAGUGACUCCCUUAUGCUUGCUUUCUGCGGUGUGCUUACUUUCGAGGGUGAGAAAUAAAGCCUGCUGGAGCUCAAGGGAACACUCUUAUAUUCUUAGUUGAUGUUGAUGGAGCGAAUGACUUCCUGUUAGUCUAUUAUUCUCUUAGGUUUUGUUGAUUCCAUCCGUGAGUGUAUUCUCUUGUAUACAUUGUAUUUAGAGUCCAUAUGGCAUCAUCCGUUGAACUUGAGAACAAAUUUAUUCAUUUAUCAAUAAAUAGGAAUAUAUGUUGCAACUUC